UCACACGGCUCAGUACAGACAAGAUGAUACUCCGAGUGUUUGCAUUUAUCUUCUUACUCAGAAAUGGAUACUCUAAAGAUUUACCAAUAAAAGAUGAGUUUUAUUAUGGGGAUUUUCCCUCAGACUUUAAAUGGGGUGCCGCAACAGCUGCGUACCAAAUAGAGGGAGGCUGGCAGGACGAUGGCAGAGGACCCAGUAUUUGGGAUACAUUUCUACAUAAAUGUAAUGCAAACAAAUGUCAGAAUGGUGACAUAGCAGCAGAUUCAUAUCACAAAUACAAAGAAGAUGUGCAACUGUUAAAAAGCUUAGGUGUAGAUUUUUAUAGGUUUUCUAUAUCUUGGAGUCGAGUAUUUCCAGAUGGAACCCCUUCAUCUCGUAAUGCAGCAGGAAUCCAAUACUACCAUAACGUUAUAGACGAGCUUAUCAAGUACAACAUAGAACCUAUGGUGACAUUGUAUCAUUGGGAUCUACCUCAGACCAUUAAUGACAAAGGAGGAUGGGAAAACGAUACCAUUGUUGAUUAUUUCAAUGACUAUGCGAGAGAAAUGUUCCGAGAAUAUGGAGAUAAGGUUAAAGGGUGGAUAACUCUAAAUGAGCCUGGUGUUGUAUCAUGGCUUGGUUACGGAACGGCUGUCUUUGCUCCAGCUGUUUACAAACCAGCAACAGGACCAUAUGUAGUAAAUCACAACCUGAUAAGGGCACAUGCAAAGGCUUACAGAACUUACAGAAAGGAAUUCUACGCUACACAGAAAGGUAAAAUAGGUAUAUCAUUGAGCACGGAUUGGAAAGAGCCAAAAACAACACACCAGGCUGAUAAAGAUGCAUCAGAGAGAAAGAUGCAAUUUGAUCUGGGAGUUUAUGCUCAUCCAAUUUAUGUAAAUGGAGACUAUCCUGAAAUUAUGAAGACAAAAGUAGCAGAAAAGAGCAGAUUACAAAACUUAUCAAAGUCUCGACUUCCUGUAUUUACAGAAGAGGAGAAACAAAUGAUCAAGGGUUCAGCUGAUUUUAUUGGUAUCAACCAUUACACAUCAAGGUAUAUUUACAACAGUCCUCAUAAUGACUGGCCAAGUUUAGCACAGGACCCGGAUACUGAUGAAUCGGAAGAUCCAAAUUGGAAAACAGCAAAAUCCGGUUGGCUCAAAGUCGUACCCUGGGGAAUGAGAAAAUUGAUGAACUGGGUUAAAAAAGAAUAUCCUAGUACAGACGUGUACAUUACAGAGAAUGGUUUCUCUGACUGUGGUGACCUCACUGAUCAAGGAAGAAUAGAUUAUUACAAAGCAUACAUUAACGAACUACUAAAAGCAAUUAAAUUAGAUGGCUGCACCAAUAUCAAACGUUACACAGCAUGGUCGCUGAUGGAUAAUUUGGAAUGGAGAGCAGGAUAUUCUGAAAAGUUUGGACUUUUCAAAGUGGACUACGAAAGAUCAGAUAGACCAAGAAUUCCGAAGGCAUCAGCUCAUUUUUACACAGAUCUGGUGAAAUAUAACGGAUUUCCAAGAAAUUGGGAUAUGAGAUAUGUACGACAAGAUUUAGUUGAUAGAGAUUCCUUUAUGCAUGGAACCUUUGAAAACGAUUUUGCCUGGGGAGCUGCAACAUCUGCAUACCAGAUAGAAGGCGGGUGGAACGAAGAUGGAAAAGGACCAAGUAUAUGGGACGUCUACUCCCAUGCUGGACGUAUUGUCAAUAAACAGACAGGAGAUGUUGCUUGCGAUAGUUACCAUAAAUAUAAAGAAGAUGUUCAGAUGUUGAAGUCACUCGGAGUAUCACACUACCGAUUUUCCCUUUCCUGGAGCAGAAUAAUGGCAGAUGGUACCCUAGCAACGGUUAACCAAAAGGGUAUCGACUAUUACAAUAAUCUUAUAAAUGAACUCCUGGCAAACAACAUUGAACCAAUGGUUACUCUCUAUCACUGGGAUCUACCACAGGGACUUCAGGAUAAAGGAGGCUUUAAAGAUGAAGCUAUCAUAGAAUAUUUUAACGAUUAUGCUCGCUUAUGUUUUAGUAUGUUCGGAGAUAGAGUAAAACUUUGGAUAACAUUCAACGAGCCGUUUGUUGUUAGUUGGUUGGGUCAUGGCAUUGGAGUAAUGGCUCCAGGUAUCAGUGAACCUGGCUCUACUGUAUAUACUGUUACUCAUAACAUCAUCAGAUCACAUGUUAAAGCUUACCAUACAUAUAAUGAUCAUUUUCGUUCACAUUUUAAUGGUAAAGUAGGUAUAACAUUAGACUGUGAUUGGAAGGAACCUAGAGAAGAUACUCUGUGGGAUAGAGCUGCAGCAGAAAGGGCACUCCAAUUCAAACUUGGGUGGUUUGCUAAUCCUAUUUUUGGUAAUGGUGACUAUCCAGCUGUCAUGAAGAGAACGAUCAAAUCAAAGAGUAUGAAACAAGGACUAUUAACAUCAAGGCUUCCGGAAUUCACUGAUGAAGAAUUAAAACAAAAUAAAGGAGCUGCAGACUUUAUAGGUAUCAACCAUUAUACAACAAAUCUUGUCUCCCAGAAGGAACAGUCUGUUGAGGAACCACAUUAUGAACGAGAUCAGGAUAUUGAUGUAUCGUACAGUUCAUGCUGGAGGGAAUCACAGUCUGGCUGGUUGAGAGGAAACCCUUGGGGAAUAAGACGACUAUUAAAAUGGGUCAAAGAUAGAUACAACUCUCCUGAGAUUUAUGUUACUGAAAAUGGAUUCUCUGACGAUGGAACAUCUUUAGAAGAUAACGACAGAAUAUGGUAUUACAAUGGUUACAUCAACGAAAUGUUAAAAGCAAAGAAGGAAGAUGGCGUAAAUGUCAAAGGAUAUAUGGCUUGGUCACUUAUGGAUAACUUUGAGUGGGGAAGUGGAUUUACACAGCAUUUUGGAAUAUUCCAUGUUGAUUUUGACACAAUGAACAGAACCAGGACACCAAAGAAAUCAGCAGCUACUUACACUCAAAUUAUCAAAGAUAAUGGAUUUCCAUACAAAUAAACAUGUGCUUCCUUUGCUUUCAUACCUCUAGCAGAAAUACAUUCCAGGGACUUUUCAAGACUUUACUUGAAAAUCUCAUAGUGAAAUAGAUACAUAUUCCAUAUAUGUAAUUUAGUAUGAUAGAAAAUAAUUAUAAAUAUU